AUGGCGCCGGGCGCGGUUGCUAUGGCGUCGGUUGCCGCGGCGACGACCUGGCGGCUGGUGCUGCUGCUGCUGCUGCUGCUGCUGAGCAUCGCGGGGCUCGGGGCCGCGGACGGCCCGCGGCCCCCCAACAUCCUGCUCCUGCUUAUGGACGACAUGGGGUGGGGCGACCUGGGCGUGAACGGAGAACCUUCCAGAGAGACCCCAAAUUUGGACCGGAUGGCCGCAGAGGGGACGCUUUUCCCAAACUUCUACUCAGCCAACCCGCUGUGCUCACCGUCCAGGGCGGCUCUGCUCACCGGACGCCUGCCCAUCCGCAGCGGCUUCUACACCACCAACGGGCGGGCCAGAAACGCCUACACGCCCCAGGAGAUCGUGGGCGGCAUCCCGGACGACGAGCUCCUCCUGCCCGAGCUGCUGAAGGGGGCCGGCUACGUCAGCAAGAUUGUGGGCAAGUGGCAUCUGGGCCACAGGCCUCAGUUCCACCCCCUGAAGCACGGAUUCGACGAAUGGUUUGGAUCCCCCAACUGUCACUUUGGACCUUAUGACAACAGGGCCAGGCCCAACAUCCCUGUGUACAGGGACUGGGAGAUGGUCGGCAGAUACUAUGAGGAGUUUCCAAUUGACGUGAAGACCGGAGAAGCCAACCUCACCCAGGUGUAUUUGCAGGAAGCCCUGGAUUUCAUUAAGAGGCAGCAGGCAGCUCAACGCCCCUUCUUUCUCUACUGGGCCAUCGACGCCACUCAUGCGCCUGUUUACGCUUCUAGGCCUUUCUUGGGCACCAGCCAGCGAGGGCGGUACGGGGAUGCUGUCCGGGAGAUCGACGACAGUGUCGGGAAAAUCCUGGGGCUUCUCCAGAACCUGAGGAUCGCGGAAAACACGUUUGUCUUCUUCACAUCUGACAACGGUGCCGCCCUCAUUUCUGCUCCUAAACAAGGUGGUAGCAACGGCCCUUUCCUGUGCGGGAAGCAGACCACGUUUGAAGGUGGGGUGAGGGAGCCUGCGAUCGCGUGGUGGCCCGGGCGGAUCCCUGCCGGCCAGGUGAGCCACCAGCUGGGCAGCGUCAUGGACCUCUUCACCACCGGCCUGUCCCUUGCAGGCCUGGCACCGCCCAGCGACAGGGCGAUCGACGGCCUGGACCUCCUCCCUGCCGUGCUGCGGGGCCGGCUGACAGACAGGCCGAUAUUCUAUUACCGUGGCGACACGCUGAUGGCGGUCACCCUCGGCCAGUACAAGGCCCACUUCUGGACCUGGACCAAUUCCUGGGAGGAGUUCAGACAGGGCGUUGAUUUCUGCCCCGGGCAGAACGUGUCCGGAGUCACCACCCACACGCAGGAGGAGCACACGAAGCUGCCCCUGAUUUUCCACCUGGGACGAGACCCGGGGGAGAGGUACCCCCUCAGCUUUGCCAGCGUGGAGUACCUGGACGCACUUCGCGGGAUCACCCCGGUCGUCCAGCAGCACCAGAAGGCCUUGGUCCCCGGACAGCCUCAGCUCAACGUGUGCAACCAGGCCGUCAUGAAUUGGGCGCCCCCAGGCUGUGAAAAGUUAGGGAAGUGCCUGACACCCCCGGAGUCCAUCCCGGAGAAGUGCUUCUGGCCCCACUAGCACCUGCUCGUGUUCCAGCCAGGCCUGGGUUCUCCUACUGGCCCUGCAAAUGCCUGCGGGGAGGAAGGCUCUGGCCUCAGGGCUCCUGAGCUGGAAGAGCCCCAACUGUUCUCUGCCCUGCCCGCGCCAGACAGACAUUACCUGCGGGUGACAGCAGGACCUGCACGUGCCCGCAGUCUCCCAGCCCUCCUCCUGGCCCACCCCAACUUGCCACGGCAGCCCACAGCCUCGGCCCAGCCCCAAAGCUGAAUGCGCUCGCUCAGGGCCCUGCCUCCAUCCCGGGAUCCAGAAGGUGGAGCAGUCCCCUCCCAUGUGUGAGUCCCACUGUCAAAGUUGGCCAUGCCAGUCCUGCUUGAGCCCUUGGCACCAUCCUACUAGGAGGGAGUUGUGAAUGUGGAAAGGGGUUUGGCAGCAGCCAAGGAAGGCCUCCCUGGUCCGGUGAGGACAGAGGGAUGCUAGCACCUUCGUUUUAACACCUACCUUAGGGAUGCUGUCCUGGUGCCCCGCAUGGCGAGCGGGUGCCUCCCUUCCAGCCUCCCGUUACCUGGUGUGGCACGGUGCGGAGAGACAGCGAGCGGGUGUGGACGCCAACCUGACCCGCCCCGAAGGCGUGUGGAGCCGCCUUCUAGUGGGGUUUUCACGUCUCUGCCGUUGUGAUGCCAGAGCUGUACCGUUCUAAGACUUGGGAAAUGAUGGUGAAAAGUUCUAGAAUAAAGUUAACAGGCCUUUUUC